CGAUUCUGCAUUUUAUAUUAUUUUUAGAGCUCAUUGUAAUAUUAAAAAAAUCGUGUCUAUUUAAAAUACGAUUUAUUAGUUUCCAUAAUAUAUUUUAAGAUAUGUAUUUGUUCCCAUCAUAUUCUACAAUAUCUAUCAGAAAUUUGAAACCCUAGAUCUAAAACUUAACAAACUUCGGAUUAUAUAUUAACAAUAUUACUAAAGACUUGUACUCUUCUUUUGUCGUUUUUUAAUAUAUCGUAUAAUAAAAUGAAUAUCUCUUUCAAGAUGAGACAGAGCUUUGUCUCAUUCGUCAUUUUCCUUCUUUUUGUUAAACUUACCUCAUGUAAACCCGAAACCACCGGAAGAAUCGAGGGCCCAGUUAUCGGUAUCGACUUGGGUACCACCUUCAGUUGCGUGGGCGUGUAUAAGAAUGGUCGCGUAGAGAUCAUCGCAGACGAAAACGGAGACAGAAUCACUCCCUCAUACGUAUCAUUCGUUGAUGGCCAUCAUAAAAUCGGAAUGGCUGCCAAAAAUGAGGCUACUGUUCACGCCGAGAAGACAGUGUUUGACGUAAAACGUUUAAUAGGACGUGAGUUCCACGACCCAGACGUCCAAAACGACAUGAAGAACCUUCCUUACACAAUCAUUAAUAAGAAGAACAGGCCCUAUGUUCGUGUAAACGAUACUGAGGUGAAGGAGUAUGCACCUGAGGAAAUUAGCGCGAUGGUGUUGUCACGUAUGAAAUCACUGGCAGAGGCCUAUUUAGGCAAGGAGGUCAAGAAGGCAAUUAUCACAGUCCCAGCCUACUUCAACGACUCUCAGAGGCAGUCCACGAAGGACGCAGGAACAAUUGCAGGCCUAGAUGUCAUCAGGAUCAUUAAUGAGCCAACAGCAGCAGCAAUAGCCUACGGUAUUGACAAGACCAACGAGGAGAGUAACAUCCUAGUCUACGACCUCGGAGGUGGUACCUUCGACGUAUCACUUUUGAGCCUCGACAGCGGUGUCUUUGAAGUCAUUGCGACGGGCGGAGACACACACUUGGGAGGAGAAGACUUUGACCGCAGAGUCAUGGACCACUUCAUUAAGCUCUUCAAGCAGAAAACCGGCCUCAAUAUCAGGGAUGACAAGAGAGCCCUCCAGAAGCUUAGAAAGGAAGUCGAAGCCGCUAAGAGGCAACUCUCAACCAAGACUGAAGUCACAGUUGAGAUUGAGGACCUUUUGGAAGGCAAGGACUUUAGCGAGACCUUAACUCGUGCCAAGUUCGAGGCUCUUAACGAGGACCUGUUUGACAAGACCAUGGACACUGUCAAGUCCGUCCUCAAGGAGGCCAAAAUGACAAAAUCUGAUAUUAACCAGAUUGUUCUGGUCGGUGGCUCAACCAGGAUUCCAAAGGUCAGGGAAAUGAUCAAGGACUACUUUAACAAGGAGCCCGACGUUAGCAUUAAUGCAGAUGAAGCCGUUGCCUACGGUGCCGCCAUGCAAGGUGGUAUCUUAACAGGUGAAUCAUCCCAAGAUUUAUUACUAUUGGACGUUUGUCCUCUGUCACUUGGUAUUGAAACUGUUGGAGGAGUUAUGAGCAAGAUUAUUGAGAGGAAUACUAUGAUCCCAGCAAACAAGUCACAAGUCUUCAGUACAUACUCUGAUAACCAGACUGUCGUUACAAUCAAUGUGUUUCAGGGCGAAAGACCUCUAACUAAGGAUAAUGUGCCACUAGGUAAAUUUGACCUUACUGGAAUCCCACCAGCUCCAAAAGGAGUGCCCCAAAUUGAAGUCACCUUCAACAUUGAUACCAACGGCAUCCUCUCCGUUACAGCCCAAGAAAAGGGAAGUGGAAACACAAAGAACUUGGUGAUUGAACCAAAGAGCGGAAGAUUGAGUCAGGAGGAAAUUGAGCGUAUGGUCAGAGAUGCAGAAGAGAACGCAGAGAAGGACAAGCAGGUGGCGGACAAAAUCAUGUCCAAGCAGUCUUUGGAAAACUACAUCGACAGCAUGAGGCGCACCUUGAAGGAGGACUCAGUGUCAUCAAAGCUUUCGAAAUCUGAAGUAUCUAAGCUUAAGGAGGAGCUUGAUGACGCCAGUAACUGGAUGGGAUCACAUCCUGACGAAGAAGCUCAGGAGUAUAAGGAUAAACUCUCACACCUCGAGUCCGUGUGCAGUCCAGUUGUUGCCAAGCUCUACUCACAACAACACAAAGACACUGAGCAAGAAGAUGCUUCUUACUCUGAGGAGUUGUAAGAGACUUCUUACUAUGAAAAUUCCGACGGGCUGUUCACCAUGUACUUGUACAAUUUAUGGAAGGAAUUCGAAUCCGUAAACAAUUCACCUCUAAAAAACUGUUUAUAACUAUUCUUAUCAAUUGACAAAUCAUUUUCAAUAAUUUUAUGCAAAUAAACA